AUGCCCAUUGAAAUUCCAGCGGAGUGGAAGCAAAAGAUCGAAUCCAAAUAUCCAGGGAUCGAGAUACGGUCCAGGGUUCUGCGGUUGGAGCUAGGUCUGGAGGCCAACAAAAUCGAGCCGGAGCUUUGGAAGGGCGUCACACUGGCGUGCCUCUAUCUGACGCACCCGGCAGAACUAAUGUCCAAUGUGCGUUUUAUACAACUGACCUCGGCUGGCGUUGAUCGAUGGAUCCAUCACGAGAGGUACAAGUCUCCGGACGUUGCAAUUAGCACUGCGAGUGGCAUCCACUGCCCUCAAAUUGCAGAGUGGGUCAUGUCGACUUGGAUUAUGAGAAAUCACAACCUCCUGCGCCACAUUGAAUCGCAAAAGGAGGGCCACUGGUCAACAGUCCGAGCCGAGACCAGAGACUCGGCAGGCAUGCGUAUAGGCAUUCUCGGAUAUGGUUCCGUCGGACGGCAGUGUGCACGUCUCGCCACGGCAAUGGGGAUGGAGGUGUACGCCUUCACGCGAACGCCAUACACCUCCGAUAAGGCAGCCAAGAGCGACCACUACAGUGUCCCGGGCAUGGGAGACCCGCAGGGCCAGCUGCCCGCCAAGUGGUUCCACGGCGAGUCCCGAGACGCCGUCAACGAGUUCCUGCGCCAGGAGCUGGACCUCCUGGUGCUCUGCCUGCCGCUGACCAAGGCGACCGAGUAUCUGCUCGGGGCGGAGCAAUUCGACAUAUUGGCGCAGGGCAAGAAGCGAACAUUCGUCUCCAACGUUGCGCGGGGCAACCUGAUUUGCACAGAGGCACUGAUCGAUGCGCUGCACCAGGGCAAAAUCUGGGGCGCUGCGGUGGACGUGACGGAUCCCGAGCCGCUGCCUGAAUCGCAUCCGUUGUUUAGCGCCCCCAAUGUGGUGAUCACGCCUCAUGUGAGCUGGCAGAGUGUGAAUAACUGGGAUAGAAUGCUGGAUAUUCUGGAAACCAAUCUGGAUCGUUUAGAUAAGGGUGAAGAGCUUAUUAACGUCCCGGAUAGAAAGCUAGGCUAUUAA